AUGGCUACGCCGGCUCCUCUCCACGACAUGGGCUCCGUCUCCAUCCGUCCGGUCACGCCAGACGACGCCGCAGCUAUUUGCGCCAUCUACAAUCCCUAUGUCGCGUCCACUACCAUCUCCUUCGAAGAGGCGCCCGUCGAACCCACGGAGAUGGCUCAGCGGAUCGCGAAAGUGGAAGCAGCCGAAUUGCCCUGGCUGGUCGCGACAACAGGAGGGAAACUAAUUGGAUACGCCUAUGCCACCAGAUGGCACGCUCGGCCAGCCUACCGCACGUCGGUCGAAAGCUCCGUCUACAUCGACCAGCAGGUCACCAGGUCCGGGGCAGGGAAGGCAUUAUAUAGCGCCCUGCUUGAUGAGCUACGUGCGCGCGGACUGCACGUAGUGAUCGGUGUCGUCGCUCUUCCUAACGAGGGAAGCGUUGCAUUCCACGAGUGCUUUGGGUUUCACAAGGUUGCGCAUUUCAGCGAGAUUGGUCGGAAGUUUGGGCGCUGGAUUGAUGUGGGAUAUUGGGAACUGAAGCUAGAGGACUGA